UCCUUCCUAUGGUUGGGGUUGUUUCAAUGCAAACAUGUCCAAGCUCCUCUAUACACAUACACAGUCGAGUACAGUAUAUAUUGCUUGGGUUCCACAGUAGAGUACUUGUGUGUAUGCAUGGACUGUGACCACUGACCAGCACUACUCUAUAUAUAUGUCUGCAUGUAAGGAUUACCUCCACUAUUACUGCCACCGUCCAAUUCAAUCAAGGAACAAGUGUUUCCAGGACAGCAAGCACAUCCUCAUUUAAUAGGUAGUGGUGGUGGCCAUCGGUAGAACGUACACGAGCUGACAUGGUGGCCAAUCGCCUCCAAGAAAGCAGCUCCCCGCCGAAGCAAGCCACCGACAGCACCAACGGCCCGCUGCUGCGUUUCCAGGAGCAGUGCGGCCACGGCUGCCACCUUCCGGCGAUGGCGGACGGGGAGAACGCCCUUGGCCCGCUCGCGCUGACACUCGGCGCCCCAGCGGCAACUGAUGACGCCUGCCGGCGCUGCUGCACGGGCGACGACGCCGACGCCCCAGCUCCGGUGCCGGCGAUGUUGCCGGAGGUACUGCGCCGCUCGCGCUACCUGAGGCCGGCGCAGGAGCUGCUGCGUGACACGGUGUCCAUGGGAAGAGACGUGGCCGUCAACGACGAGAGCGAGGAUGCUGGCGAUGACGCUUACCAGGAAAUGCUUGCGACGAGCCGCCGGCUCCACGGCAAGAACGACGACGGCGUGCAAGCCAAGCUCCUCGGCCUUCUCAGCGAGCUGGAGAGCCGGCAGGAGCACUACUUCCAGGAGCUCACCCGCGUGGCGGCGUCGUUCGAGCCGGCGAUGGGCCCCGCCGCGACGGAAGGGUACACGUCCCUCAUGUCGCAGGCCAUGUCGCGCCACUUCCGCAACCUGCGCCGCUCCAUACUCCGCAAGCUCGCCGCGGUUAGUAUGCCGCCGGCGCCGCCGACGCUGUGGGUGGACGCGGACAGCGAGGAGGAGGAGGACGAGGACGACUGCGACUACGACCCCGCGCGGCGUGUCUGCCAGGAGGACGUGGUGAGCAGGCUGGUCCGGCGCACCAAGCAGGCCGCGGCGACGCGGGCGGCGGAGCAGGUCUGCAGGCCGCUCAGGGGCCUGCCGGAGGAGUCCGUGGCCGUGCUCCGGGCCUGGCUCUUCGACCACUUCCUAGAUCCGUACCCCAGCGACAACGAGAAGCUCAGGCUGGCCGUGAGCACAGGCUUAAGCAGAAGACAGAUAUCCAACUGGUUCAUCAACGCACGGGUCCGGCUGUGGAAGCCCAUGAUCGAGGAGAUGUACAACGACGAGUUCUCCCAGGAUUCCAGGGACUACGGUGGCGCGCCGUCUUCUUAGCAAACACCUCUCAAGGAAGAGUCCCAAGGGUUACCGCCGGCUCUCCCCAGCGCACGAACCCUCCACCGUCAGAGGCAUGAACUGGUUUCGCUGGUAGUAAGUGUUUUUUGGUCUGGUCUUCAUGGGACUGCCUAUGUUCCUGUUAUAGUUAGCAAGAGAAGCUCUUUUUGUCAGAGCUCGAGUGAGAGUAUCAGUUAGUCUGCGAUGCCGAUUCAGUUCAAGUAUCAGUUGUGUUACUAGGACGCCUUAUUUGAUGAAUCCUUUUUUCCUUCUCAA